AUGCCUGAACCGACCGAACGCCAAUCCAUCAAAGUCCAAGCGGAACGCACUGUCCUCGCGGCGGUUCGACUCCCGGAAUCUACCUACGACCAGCGCAAUCCAUUCGGGGAACUCGGAGAACUCGCAAGGCAAGCGGGCGCGGUCGUUGUGGGUGAGAUCGAGCAGCGUCGUGAUCGUCCCGAAGCGGGUACUUAUAUGGGGGUCGGGAAGCUCGAAGAACUCAAGGGCGCGUGCGAUGAACUCGAUGCAUCGACGAUUAUUUUCGAUCACGAUCUGUCUCCAAAGCAGAUCGCGAACAUCGAGAAGAUCACAGAACGCAAGGUACUGGAUCGGUCUGAACUGAUCCUUGAUAUUUUCGCGUCUCGUGCUGUGUCUCAUGAAGCGAAGUUGCAGGUCGAGAUCGCACAGCUCGAGUACACCUAUCCGCGCCUCCGCGCGAUGUGGUCUCACCUUGAACGCAUCGUCGGCUCUGGAGGCAUCGGAGGCGUAGGCACCAGAGGUCCGGGUGAGCAGCAGCUCGAGAUCGACCGACGAUUGGUGCAACGCCGAAAGACCAUCCUGCAACGCGAGCUCGAAGAGAUCCAAGCACGCAAGCGUCGCGCCGUAGAGAAGCGCAAUGUGGACUUCUACACCGUUGGAUUAGUUGGAUACACCAACGCCGGGAAGUCCACACUGUUCAACACCCUGACCGAAGGCGGCGCGUACGCGGAUGAUCGCGUAUUCGCGACGCUCAUGACACGCACACGCCAGUGGGACCUCGGAGGCGGACACACCGCGAUGCUCAGCGACACCGUCGGUUUUGUGCGUGAUCUCCCCCACCACCUCGUCGCGUCGUUCCGCGCGACACUCGAAGAAGCGAUGCACGCGGACCUGAUCCUGAUCGUGCUGGAUAUUUCCGAUCCAUCAGUCGAGCUGCAUUACGAGACCGUGCUCACGACGCUUGAUGAACUCUUUACAGAGGUCGAAGAACGCGAAGCGAGGGAAGCGGAGCAGCACAAGCGGGAUGGGAAGGAAUACCACCACUACCAGCGUCCGGAGUAUCUUGUGCUGCUCAACAAAGCAGACAAACUGACGGAUCACGCGGACCUGCUGUAUUGGCAAACGCGCGUCCCUGGUGCGAUCGCGCUCUGUGCGCUCCCAGGAGAUCCAGAUGCUGAAGAAUGCCCGCUAGGACAGGACGACCUGAUCGCUCGCGUCAAGCGCCACUCCAUCGGUCCGAUCGCGGAGCUUGUGAUCACAGUGCCGCUGAGUGAUUCCAAGACGAUCCACACGAUCGAGAACCGGACCGAGGUGCUCGAUCGCGAGUAUGUGGAUCAGUUUGUGAAUCUGCGGACCAAGAUCGGAUCGCGCCAGCUCGCGCAGCUCCGCGCUCGCGGCGCGGACAUGGUCGUCCACACUCCCGACGGCACGCUCGUCGAGAAUCCAUCACGCGCACGCGGUUGGACGGAAGAUUCCGACUCGCCGUAUGCGAAGAAGCUCGACUUCUGA